AUGAUUCGACAAAUACGAAGGAUCAACAUCAGUUUUACGAUCAAACCGGUUCGAGGAAUGAGCACAACUCCUGGAAAAUUGUCGAAGAAGGAACUGGCAAAGUUGCCAUCCCCCGACGGCGAGCUACCAGAGUUGAGGGAAUGGAGAGAGAGAUUUAAUCAAAGGCCAGCGCCGAAACCGACACUACACAACUUGAGAACGGCCCGAGAACUCGUCAAGGGGUUCGGAAUUGCUGAUUCAAAGUCGCCAAAGGUCAUCAUCGAGGUAUUUGCAGGCCCUGGGACGCUUUCGAGAGCCCUUUGCGAGCUGCCUCCUUCGAAAAUGAGCAAACUUAUCAUCUUGGAGCAUAACCCAACAUAUCUCCCAUAUCUCGAGGUCCUAGCGAAGCUCGACAAGCGAGUGAUUGUUCGACCUCUCAACGGCUGGUUAUGGUCUUCAUACAGUGAGAUAAUGAAAGAAGGACUGCUGGAUGAUAUCAUGGUACAAGAAUGGGACAAUUCUAUCCGUGGUGUCCACCCGCCGCACCCCAAUCUGCAUUUCGUUGCGACCACAAUACCAUUUGGAGAGACGGGAGAAGCGCUCUUCAAUCAAAUGUUUCGCGCCGUCGCGGGACAUGAGUGGCUCUUCAAAUAUGGACCCAUGCCGUGGAGUGCGGUUCUUCCAUAUAGCUCAUGGAAACGAGCGGUGGCCCCUCUUGAAUCAAACCAGCGAUGCAAAUUAACGUGCAUGGUAGAGGCCACAGUGGAACCUGAGCUGGUAGUGGAUGUCGAGAUGAUGGAGGAUCAUGCCACGCACUUUUUCCCGCCUUACAAAAAGAUCAACGACCACAUGGUUGCAGCCAAUUUUCGUCCAUUAGGAUUCCAGGUCAUGCGAGUUGCAGGAAUACCCGAGUGGGACUACGUGCUGCGGUCGCUGUGGAUCAAUAAAACGACCCCGAUUAAAAAGUCGCUCAAACACAUCUCUGCAGGGGCCAGAAAUAUGGUGAAUUAUUUGGACGAUUCAAAGGUCUACAUCCUUGAAAAACAUCCCAAAAAUUUGACGCUCGACGAGUGGGGAAUUCUCAUGAAGGCAUUCAACGAUUGGCCGUUCCAUCCCACUGAUCUAGGAACAUUGUCCGACUCGAUCAAGCUGACCGACAAGCGCUUAUGA